CGGGCGCAGUUCUGGGUCGGCCUCGGGCGCGGCGAGAGCGUCUCGGGGGAGGAGGGCAGGGCGGCCGCGCCCCUCCCACUCGCCUUUUCUCGCGCAUCCUGCCCUCUGGCCUGGCAGCGGGGGUCGGGACACCGGCGGGUGUGCGCGGGGACUCCCAGCACCGACGGCCGUGCGCGUAGGCAGCUGGUUCUGCGAGGACCGCGGCGGGGCCGCCGGCGCCAUGCGCACCCUCUCCGGCCUGCGGGGGCCCCGGGCGCCGCCGCCCGCGCCGCUCCUCCUCCUGUGCCUGCUCGCCGCGGCGCGCCGGAGCUUGGCGGACGGCCAUCCCUCAGCUUCACCCUUUACAAGUCUACCUGUCCGAGAAGAAAUGAUAGCAAAAUACUCGAACCUUCCCUUGGAGAGUCAUAACAUAUCACUAACAGAACAUUCCAAUGUGCCAGUGGAAAAAAAUAUCACUUUAAAAAGACCUUCUAAUAUACAGCUCAUAUGCCAAUUCACAACAUCUAGGGAUUUGAAUUCAGUGAAUGUAACUUGGAAAAAAGGUGAUGAACUACUUAAGAGUGAUGUCAUCAAUGCAACAGGAAACAUCCUGUAUACCCAAUACACGUUCACCAUCAUUAAUAGUAAACAAAUGGGAAGUUAUUCUUGUUUCUUUGAAGAGGAGAAGGAACAAAGGGGCACGUUUCAUUUCAAAGUCCCUGAACUUCAUGGAAAAAACAAACCAUUGAUCACUUACGUGGGAGAUUCGACUGUCUUAAUGUGUAAAUGUCAAGACUGUUUUCCUUUAAAUUGGACCUGGUACAGUAGUAAUGGGAGCGUACAGGUUCCUCUGGAUGUUCAAAUGAAUGAUAAGUAUGUGAUCAAUGGAACAAAUGCUAAUGAAACAAGGCUCAAGAUAAUGCACCUUUCAGAGGAAGAUCAGGGAUCUUACUGGUGCCAUGCGGUAUUCCAAUUAGGCGAGAGUGAAGACCACAUUCAACUUGUUGUGCUGAGUUAUCUGGUGCCCCUCAAACCAUUUCUCGCAAUAACUGCUGAGGUGGUUCUUUUAGUGGCUAUUAUUAUGCUUUUUGAAAUUUACACCCAAAAGAAAAAGAAGCAGCAAGAUGAGGGGAAAGAAUUCGAACAAAUUGAACAGCUGAAAUCAGAUGAUAGCAAUGGUAUAGAAAAUAAUGCCCCCAGGCACAGAAAAAAUGAAUCUGUGAGCCAGUGAAUGAGAAACAUCAUGUCAAGAGUCAUGGGAAGAUGUACAGAGAGUUUGUAUCUCAACUUUGUUUACGCUUCCUGUUAAGAACAUCUGAGUUUCUAUGUUUAAAAGGAUGGAAAAUUUAUGCAACAUGCUCAGCAGUAGCUUUGUAAAUUAUGUAUGCUAUGAGACCUAAAGAUUUAUUUUCAUUCUGUAAUUAUUUUACAUUAAAGCAAGAUAAAUUGUAUUAAAUAUGUUCUAUGCGCUAUAACCCAGGAUAAUUAAUUUCCUCCUGGUCUUGAAGGGACACACAGAAAAGACACCAGCAAAACCAGUUAAUGGUACAUAGAGCUAAUGUCACUCAAGACUUGUUUAUAACCAAAGAAUUCAUUAAAGAGAAAAGCUUUGCCGUU